CUAAUUCCUGUCACAACCUGCAGUCCUCGUCUUCUCCGGUCGACCCUCCGCCGCUCAGACACAGACGCAUGGCCGCCGAAGAUCCCCUGCACCGCGCUACUCCCCUGCUCUCCCGCGCGUCCUCCGCCGCCGCCGCAGCUGCCUCCUCCGCCGCUCCCUUCUGCCUCGCGCAGCUCCCCUGACUCCCUUGCCUGCCUCGCGAAUCUUCCCUCUUUCACCCAAAAAAUUGUUUCUUCUUCCUCCCGCCGCGUCUCCUGCUCGCGGCCACCCCCUCCCUCCUAGCGUUGAUGGAAGAAGCAUGGCUGGCCCUCGGCCCGACGGCCGGCGACGCGACCUUCCCACCCCCGCCCCGGCCCCCAUGGCGUGGGGCGCGGCCGCGACGACGCAGCGGGAGACGGUGGCCAACAAAUCGUCUGCGCAGGCGGUGAGACGAAUCGUGUCCAGCUGCGCCAACUCGAGCGGCCUGGCCGUGGCCGUCGUCGACGCCAACGCUGUCAUCUCGGGCGGCGCCACGCUCUCCUCAACUGCGGGCCGGCUGGUCACGGUGCUCGAGGAGGUGUGCGACGCCGCGCGCCGGAGGCUCGCGCUCCUGCCCACCCCCGUCGAGACCGUCGAGCCAGCCCCUGAGUUCGUCAAGAGAGUAGGGCCAGCUUGAACCGUUUGCACCAGGAAGAAGACCGGCCCAAUGUUGAUGAAGGGAGGCAGCCUACAGGAUGCCCUGCAAAUCAAUUUUGAGCAAGGUGUGUGUAGAUUCAGAAAUGUUCAGACUGAAUGUUCACCGAAUUAGUAAAUCUUGUCUUUCCUAAAAACUGAAUUUGUAUAUUAAGUCUUUGCUAAAUGCCAGCUUCCAGAGUUUAAAUGUUCAGUCUUGUCUUCCCUAAAAACUAAAUUAGUAAAUCUUGUCUUUUCCUAAAAACUGAUCAUGUCUUCUAACAAGGUGCAUAUGCGAGUGUUGUGUUAACACUCAACACUGAAUGUUCAGUCUUGAUUUGAAUUUUCACCAAAUUUGCAAAUAUUUUCUUCCAACAAGGUGCAUAUGCCAGUGUGAACCGAACAACAAACUGAAUUACUCUGAAUAUUCGGAAAAUAUCAUGUUAGACAAGAUUGUGAAUUACUCUGAAUAUUUAUAUGGAACGGCAAACUGAAUUUUUUGACCAUUUGACUUGUU